UCUGCAUCUGUGGGAACGUCAUGUUUAGUCUGUUUUCUUCACUCUAUCACGUGGAAGUGUGUUUGUCUCUGGGCCACUAGAUGGCAUCGAAUCCUUAGUGUUGCACUGAGCGUCACCAGCAGAAAAGAGCAAAAACCGGUGACCAACGUUAUGAAAAACAGCUGGUGGACGUCAAUGUCAAUCAGGCUGUCAGUAAACGAGGCCUCUGAUUGGUUGUUAAAACCUAGACCUGGUCAGUAGCAGAGGGAGUUCUCAUUCCACUGAAGGGAAACUGCAGACCAUGGGCUUUACUUCAUGUGAGAUGUUGCUAUGGCUGCUCUUUGUUGGAUUUCUUCAAGCAAGUGUUGCAUCUUCCUUUCGUGGCUUUUGGGACGGAUUUGAUGCAAGUAAUCUUCAGCAUGUUUCAGGCGACCAGUCUCAGCCUCACGUGGCGUUUUACCCUCCCAGGUCCAACUCUUGGCCUUGGCCCCAGGUCCAAGGCUCCCAACGCUCUCCCCAGGCGACCUCUGGGCAUUUCCAUCCGCAGGCGCCUUGCUUUCAGUCCAAACCCCAGCGGCCUAACUACUGGCCCUUCCCCGUUCCCCAGGAGCCCGUCCCCGUGUUCCAGUCCAGUGAGCCUGGUGACCUUCCCCAGGUUCCUGGCUACUCACCCAGCAACCAGCCCACGCCUGCUCCUCAACCCCAGCAGCCCGACCAACAGCCCCAAGCUGCUGGUGUUCAGGCUCUGCCACCCAACAACGCCCCCCCCCGCAGACUGCCCGAAAGCUGGUACCAGAAACGCCCCCAGUAUCUGGCAUCACGCUUCCCAUCGAAGCCUCUGCCUCCUCCCAGGCCCCAGGGGCCCAAUCCUCUGCCACAGCGGCCAAGCACAGUGCUUCAUCCCUGGUCCCAGCAGCAGCCUGGUAACUGGCCCCAGCCGGCCCCUACCACCCUGCCCCCCACCCUGCCCCCCACGCGGCCCUCAAACCCGGCCCAAGCUCUGCGUCCUCUGCCUCAGUCACACAGCAAACUGUUCCAUCCGUGGCACCAGCAAAGGCAUCAGUUACUCAAUAACCCGUUCAAGCCGCAGCCCCCUGCCCCCCAGCAACCAACCCCCCAGCCACCGUCUGCCCCAACCCCCCAGUCGACCCCUGCCACUCAGGAACCUGGCCCGUCCAACAACCUUCCUCAGGCCCAGCCACCAGAUAACCUGCCCCAUCCGUGGUACCAGUCUCCCAUUUACCUCCUAAAUCCUCAUCACUAUCCCUGGUUUCUUCCUCAUCCUGCCCCAUCUACCCCCCAGUCUUCACCUGCCCCUCCCAGCAACCCGCCCCAGGCACCUCUGCCACCCUCUACCACCCAGCAACCCGCCUCGUCCACCCAACUGCCCCAGGAAUCUGGGCCUGUAGCUCAGCUGCCAUCUGACACUCCGCAGCCUUCCCCACCCAGCAACUUGCUCCACGUUCCUGACCAGCCGCUUCCUCCAUGGUACCAGCAUCAGUCCCCCAGUCUGGUCCAGCCUCACUGGCCCCUGAUACCCGGCUACCUGCCUGAGCCGGUCAGCUACCAGCCCCAGUAUUGGCCUUAUGGUCCCAGCAACCUGCCCCCUGCCUGGUCCUGGUUUCCCAUGUACCCGCCCUGGACCAGUUUUACACAAAGCUGCAAACCUCCUCUGCUCUGCUAUGAGCUCAGCAGUGACAGUGCUUUUUAUCCAUACUUGCUUCCAGACAGGGAAACUGGCAGCGUUGAGCCGUGAUCAGGGACAUCAGGACUGUGCAAGACCUCAACUGAUCAGCUGGACUGACGUUGAAAAUAAAGUGUUUUCCCUCGA